GUUCGAGUGUCCUUGCGCCCGGUUCCCGGUAAAAUCUGCUUAAAUUUACGGUAUUUUCUAGUGUUUCGGAUCCACCGAUUGUGUCCUUGUCUGUCCGCACACGAGAAGCAGAAAGAGGGGGAGGCGUGCACGAUGUUGUUGAACGAUGUGCCCGGCUUUUCGAUCCACGCGGCCGAGGUGGACUACGACGAUGAAGCCGAUGGAGCACUGGGCGGCAAGAAGGGCAAGAAGAAAAAAUCGGGCGGAUUUCAGGCCAUGGGCCUUAGUGCCCCGGUACUGAAGGGCAUCCUGAAGAUGGGCUACAAGGUGCCGACCCCAAUCCAGCGCAAAACCAUCCCCAUCAUCAUGGACGGCCGUGACGUGGUUGCCAUGGCAAAGACGGGCUCCGGCAAAACGGGUUCCUUUCUGAUUCCGAUGUUCGAGAAGCUGCGCCAACGGGAAGCGAAAGCAGGCGGUGGAGCGCGAGCGCUCAUCCUCUCGCCAACGCGUGAGCUCGCCAUCCAGACGUUCCGAUUCAUCAAACAGCUCGGUCGGUUUAUGGACCUUAAAACUAUCCUCGUACUCGGUGGCGAUUCGAUGGAUGCCCAGUUCGCCGCCGUGCACACGCUACCGGACAUCAUUGUGGCGACACCCGGUCGUUUCCUGCAUCUGUGCGUCGAGAUGGACCUGAAACUAGGCUCCGUGCAGUACUGUGUGCUGGAUGAGGCCGAUCGGUUAUUCGAGAUGGGCUUUGGAGAGCAGCUAUCCGAUACGUUGAAGCGGCUACCGGAGGCACGCCAGAUGGUCCUGUUCAGUGCAACGCUGCCGAAAAUGAUGGUAGACUUCGCGAUGGCCGGUCUCUGUCAACCGGUGCUGGUUCGAUUGGACGUGGAAUCGAAAAUACCGGAAGCCCUGGCACUGAAGUACGUAUACUGCCGGCCCGCCGAACGUUAUGCCGCGUUGCUCGUGCUGCUGCGUGAAACCAUCCCUCGGACGGCACAGACUGUUAUAUUUGCUGGUACGCAGCAUCACGUGGAGCUCGUCUCGCUAAUACUGACCAAAGCGGGCAUCCCCAACAGUCACGUUUACUCGGCGCUGGAUGCUUCGGCGCGCAAGAUCAACACGGCCAAGUUUACGAUGCGCAAGGUGAACGUCCUCGUGGUGACGGAUAUUGCGGCCCGUGGUCUCGACAUUCCGUCCCUGGAUUACGUCAUUAAUCUGCACUUUCCCGGCAAGCCGAAACUGUUCAUCCAUCGCGUAGGUCGUUGCGCACGUGCUGGGCGCAGUGGCGUAGCCUACUCGAUUUUUUCGAACGAUGACAUCGCACACCUGAUCGAUCUGAACAUGUUUCUUGAUCGUCCCCUGGAGGUGAGCGAUCGGGCCACGAUCGGUAUCCCACCGCCCGAGAUACUGGAGACCGAACAUCAGCUGGUGCAGGAGUACGUACAGCACAUCGAUUUGGCCACCGUAUUUCGGGUGAGCAACAAUGCGUACAAACAGUACAUCGUCACACGGCCAGCGGCAUCGGCCAGCUCGAACAAGCGUGCCAAACAGUUCAAAAUCGAUGAGCUAGCUGUGCUGGAAGACUUUGGCGAUGCUGACAGCACCGCACCGGUAAAGGGAAAAGCGAGUGGCAAAGAGAAAAAGGCAAACGAUGUUAAGAAGAAGAAGAAGAAGGCUGUGAAGCAAUCUGUUGACUCUGAGAAGGCAAACAAAGAGACGACCAGCUCCUCCUCAUCGUCCGUUGAUCCGGAUGCGUUCCGUAACGAUUUCUUGGCCCGCAUGAAGAACUAUCGUCCAUCGACGACGAUUUUCGAGCUGAACCCAAAGUCGAACGCACGUGAACUGCUCGCCAUGACGCAGAAGCGUGAACAUGAUGAACAGAAAAUAGCGAAACACAAGCGAAAACUGCAGGAAGCUGAACAGGAGGAAAGCCGAAAGCUGGAAGCGGACGCAGCCGAAACAGCCAUGGCCAGCGGCGACCUAGGCCACGGUCAAGAGGCGAAGAAAGCAAAGCACAGUAAACGGCAACGCCGUGACGAGGAGCAUUUUAUUGCGUACACGGCCAAGGAUGCGGUCGAGGAGGAUGGGUACGCGGUGGACAGUUUCGCACGGCAGGCGAAUUCGGCCGAGUUGAGUGUGGUCGGGGAUACGGCGGAUGGGCAGCGGAUGCACCGGCAGUUGCAGAAGUGGGAUCGCAAGAAGAAGAAGAUGGUUAAUGUGGAGAAUCCGAGGGCAGGUAAAAUACGGACCGAGCACGGUGUCUGGAUUGCGGCUUCUUAUAAGACGGGUCGGUACGAUAAGUGGAAGGAUCGUACGAAGCUGGACGAGCGAUUGGCGGCAGCACAUGCUCAGCAGGACGAUUCCGAUGCUGAGGGUGUUGACGGUGGGUCAGCGGCUGCGGCUUCAUCGGUGCUCCAAAAGCAAUAUCCUCACACGCACUGGGGUCGGCACAAUGCGAAGGCCGAUCUGCGUAAGCUGCGCGACAUGGACCUGAAAACACCGGAACAGAUCGUGAAGAACCGGCUCGAGAAGGAUAAGAAGUUGAGCCGCGAAAAGGCGGCUCGGUUGAAGAAUAUCGCGCGCAAGAAGAAGGCACUGGCACGGAAGAAGAGGGGUAAAAAGUGAGGGGGUGCUUCCGCCUUGAGCUUAGGAUGGGUAAAGUCCACGGAUCUUUCUUUCAGAUUAAUAAAGUUACUUUAAAUA